UACAUCUAGUGAAACUUCUCCCAAUUGACAGUUUUACGUCAGUAUUGUAAGGAGAGAGUUUCAAACUAUUAUUCAAGUAUGGAAUAUUGAUAUGAUUUUUUCCUCAAAGUAGGUAAUAUACAAAUAUUAGGAUGGAGGAAUCCAACCGCGAAAUUACUCGUGAAGAGUACAUUAGUAGCUUGAAGCAAUGGUUAGAUAACGCUAGAUCAUGGGGAGAAUAUUCUAGACACUAUUUCCUAUGUGCAGGCUUAGCGAACGAAAUCGCACCUUCACCUGCAAAUGAAAAUUCUGAGCCAUUCAGGUCGACACUACAACAAAGGCCUCAAAGUGGCCAAAGGAAUCCAAUUUUUGCUCCUGCAACCUACGAAUUUGUAAUUCCUCCUAUGUGGAAAAGAUUUGUAGCAGAAAUUUUAGAUUUUUUCAUACUUUUUGUGAUAAAACUAAUUUUGACAUUUGCUGCCGUAGAAACCUUCAAUUUUGUAACUGUUGAAAAUUUUGGCUUGGCCACAAUUGAAAAAUAUUUACAAAAUCCAAGGAUGGCAAUGCAAAUGUAUGUGGAGACAUUGGGUUUAGAACUCUUGCAUCGAUGUGUUGUUUGUUGCUAUGAGGUAUAUUGGUUGAAAGGUCGGCCUUGUGCAACUCCAGGCAAACGUUACAUGGGUUUGAUGGUGAUACAAGUUGACAACAUUGUUCCUGCACCUGGCCGCUUCGAAAAUAAAGUGCGAGUGAGUCCUGGUUCUUGUCUUGGAUAUCAAAAUGCCCUUACGAGAGCUGUUUUGAAAAAUUUGUUUAUUGCAUUUUUGUUACCAAUAUGUUUCACCAUGUAUGUCUUUCGAUAUAAUCGUACAGGGUAUGACUUGAUGUCCAAAAGUGUUGUUGUGGAAUAUAAUCCUAAUAUGAAUCCUAUUAAUUGAAUUCAACCAUUUUUAUUUAAUUUUAAUAAAUCAAUUGUUGUCAGAAUAAAUUCCCUAUUUUGUUA